AUGAUUUGUCUCGACAGAUUUUAUCAGAGUGGAUCAAGCAAUAGCCCGACCCCACCGAUCCAGCAGAACUUGAGCAAACUCUUUGACCAAUAUCGAGAUAACCCCAAGGAUGCUCCAGACACGAUUGGCAUCGAAGGCGCUCAAAAAUACCUGACCGAUCUCAACGUUGAACUUGACGAGGUAGCUCACUUGGCCAUUUGUGACCUCCUGCAGUGUCCCUCUAUCGGCGAAUUCGAGCGUGACCGCUUUAUUUCCGGUUGGCGAAACGUUUCUUCCGGCGACAAACCUUACGACAAUGCAUCCCGCCAAGCCCAGUACGUCGAUAUUGUUCGAAAGAAGCUGGCGACCGAUUCAGCCUAUUUCAAACAGGUCUACCGCAAUGCAUUCAAACUCGCCAAACCAGAAGGCCAACGUAGCGUUCCCCUGGACUCCGCGAUCGAUUUUUGGAACAUGUUCUUCCGAGAGGGGAAAGGAGGUAUCGAAUGGAACACCCCUUCGACAAAGUGGCUGGAUUUGUGGUGUGAUUUCUACGAAUCACAGAGCAAAAGACCGGUCAAUAAGGAUCUGUGGAACAUGAUGGGCGAGUUGGUGAUGAAAACCCGAGAACCCGGUGGUGAAUCUCUCACGUGGUGGACGGAAGAUGGUGCGUGGCCCAUGGCUAUCGACGACUUUGUUACUUUUGUCAAAGAGAAAAGGAAGUCAGACGGUGAUACAAUGGAUACGAGCUGA